AUGGGUGCACCGCAGGGCUGUGUCCUGAGUCCUCUACUAUUCACCUUGCUUACACAUGACUGUGUCACCAGAUAUGAAUGCAACAGAAUUAUCAAGUUCGCAGAUGACUCCACAGUCAUAGGUCUUGUCAGGAAUGGCAUGGAAACAGCAUCUAGGAGUGAAGUGGAACAUCUGCUUGGCUGGUAUGACAGCAACAAUCUGGCACUGAAUGUCAGCAAGGCCAAGGAACUGAUUGUGGACUUUAGGAUAUCUGAGGGAGCACAUCAACCUCUGGAAAUCAAGGGAGUAGCAAUCAUCUUCUAUGAGGACCGGGACUUCCAGGGUCAUCACUAUGAGUGCUACAGUGACUGUGGCAAUCUGCAGUCUUACGUCAGUCGCUGUAAUUCCAUCCGGAUCGACAGUGGGUGCUGGAUAAUCUAUGAGCAUCCCAAUUACACAGGGUAUCAGUACUUCCUGACCAAGGGAGAGUACCGUGAUUAUCAAAGUUGGAUGGGUUUUAAUGAGAAAGUCAGGUCUUGCCGCAUGAUUCCUACAGUAAGUACUCUACCCUACAGGGGAUCAUAUAGAGUGAGGGUCUAUGAGAGGCCUGAAUUCGGAGGUCAGAUGAUGGAGUUCACAGAUGACUGCCCAUCUGUCCAUGAUCGAUUCCACUACCAGGACAUCCACUCCUGCAAUGUGUUAGAAGGUUACUGGCUCUUCUAUGAACAUCCCAACUACAGAGGAAGACAGUACUUCCUCAGGCCUGGCGAGUACAGAAGGUACAAUGAAUGGGGUGCCCUAACCUCUCGAAUUGGCUCCUUCAGACUCAUCAUGGAUUGUUAUUAA